CUGAAGUGCGUUUUGUUGUGAGAAACAUUUCCACCCGGCCCCAACCAGGAGCAAUAACUCGUCGCACUUCGAGAUGCCGUCAAUACCAAAUAGUCCAUGGCUUCGGCUGCCUCGGCCUAGGUCUUUCCUCGGCCUCAUGUCCCUCCAAACAGGCACCGAGUUGAUAUCGAUCGCGCUCCUCUUCAACAAGGUGACGGGUGUAUAUGGCCUUCUGACCCUCCUGACGGGCUACUCGCUCUCGGCGCUGCAGGUGACGGCAUACCUGGGCUCGAUCUCCGUUCUCGUCACUCUCGCGAUCUGUCUCCCGCACGUCCGCGCCCAGAGCCCCUUCCACAACCUUGCCCUCGCGUGGGUGUACGCCAUCGACACGCUCGUCAGCGCCGCCUAUACCGCCGCCUUCGCGACGACCUGGUACUUGUCCGCGAUUCAUGAUCCCAAGGGACCCGCAGGCGCCGAGCAAGAUGCUAGCUCUCCGAGUAACGGCGAGGUACAGCACGACGAUGAACAGGCGGCGCAAGUCAUGGCCGGGAUUGGGGUCCACGACACCGCGGCGAGCAUGGUCCUCAUCAUCGGUUUUACGCUCAUCCGGGUGUACUUCAGUCUGGUGGUCAUGGCACACGCUCGGAUGGUGCUGCAGCAGUUUGUCGACCAAAGGAUGGGCGAGGCUGGGAAUACUAGCGCAGACAGGUCGGCCGGUCCCUUUGCUGUCGGCGCACCGCUCGGCGAGGGAUGGAGGGGACGGCUGGGAACGGUAAUGGUUUCUGUCGGGAGGGGGUACUGGCUGGGCGGUAAAAUGGAGGACGAGGAAUGGGCGCGGGCAGUCAAUUCCAAGUUCAGGAGCACCAGGGAGUGAAAUGUGCCGGGCCUUGCACUUGGCCUUGAAAACGAAACUCCGGAUUCCGAUGGGUUGCAUAGCUGGCGGCGUUUUUUUCUUGGAGCCAUGAUUGCAUGGGCAGGCGAGGACGAAGGCAUAGACCACGACUUUUGAAAGCUACAUUACCCUUCCACUGACCAUAUCCCCAAGCCUGACCACCUGGUUCAGGGGACACUAAUCUUGCCCCAGGCUGUGGGCCAAGGGAGUCAUCGAGGUUAGCAGGCACGGGAAGUUUAGAUCCGAUAUGGUGAGAUCUCGAAACACACCGCGUAGCAAUGUGGAUAUCUCAUUCUUAAUUGCAUGCGACAACCGCCGACAACCGCUGUCGAGCGGCGAGCCGAACCGGCGGAGCUCACGCCGAGGCCACCUUGACAAAGUGACUGUGAAAUCCCGCGCGCGCAAUUCG